AUGUUCAAGCUUAACGCGGGUCUUGUCGCUGCGGCACUCGUGCUGCCCACUGCUCUUGCACAAUCGGCCGUUUACGGACAGUGCGGAGGUAUAGGCUGGACAGGACCAUCCACGUGUGUGUCUGGAUCUCAUUGUGUCAAGCAAAACGACUACUACAGCCAAUGUAUCCCUGGAGCCGCAACGACAACUGCCGCAGCUACCACGACGGCCAAGGCGACGACUACCGCUGCCACAACAACAAAAGCGAGCACUACAACUGCCGCCACCAGCCCCGUUACGACCGGCUUUGUCAAGCCCAACGGCCAGAAGUUUGAGUUGAAUGGCGCCGAGUUCACUCUGGUUGGGGAGAACACCUACUGGGUUGGUCUCAUGAACUACCCCACGACCGAGAUGAAUCAGGCUUUCGCGGACAUUGCUGCUACUGGCGCUACUACCGCUCGCACCUGGGGCUUCAACGAGGUCACUUCUGACGGCGGUAUACCGUACUACCAGAUCUGGAAUGGCGCAACCCCGACGAUCAACACCGGUGUGAACGGCCUGCAGAACUUCGACAACGUCGUUGCUGCCGCGAAGGCUAACGGUAUCCGCCUCAUCGUGGCGCUUACGAACAACUGGUCGGACUAUGGUGGCUCGGACGUUUACGUCACUCAGCUGCUCGGCGCGGGCCAGCCUCACGACUACUUCUACAGCAACGCGACUGUCAUUGCCGCGUACAAGAACUACGUCAAGACCUUUGUGAGUCGCUACGUCGACGAGCCGACCAUUCUCGCCUGGGAGCUCAUGAACGAGCCCCGCUGCUCAGGUUCAUCCAGCACCGCAUCAAGCGCCUGUACCACUGCGACAAUCACAACAUGGGCUGAAGACAUCUCGUCCUUCAUCAAGAGCAUCGACAAGAACCACAUGGUUUCCGUCGGCGACGAGGGCUUCUUCAACGAGCCCGGAAACUCCAACUUCUUAUACCAGGGCAUCUUCGGCGUUGACAGCGCGGCUCUGACCAACAUCUCGACUAUUGACUUCGGCACCUUCCACAUGUACCCAUUCAGCUGGGCGCAAACCACUGACCCUGUUGGCUUCGGCGACCAAUGGAUUCUGGACCAUUCGACAGUACAGAAGCAGCUCAACAAGCCCAUGAUUCUUGAGGAGUUUGGUGUUACCGAGGCUGAGCUGGACCAAGCCACCACCUACACUCAGUGGUACGGCGAUGUGAUCGCUGACGGUCUCUCUGGCGACCUCAUCUGGCAGGCAGGCUCGUCGUUCUCGAAGAACGCGGAUGACGGUGAUAUGGUUUACCCUGGUACGGAUGUCUACACUGUUGUCACGGAGCAUGCAGCUGCCCUCAAGGCCCGUGGAUAG